AUGAGCGACUCACACAACCAUCAUCAUCACCACAGCAGACACAGCGAUCGGAAGCGCUCUCGGCCUCCGUACACUCGUGACCGAAAUGAAGUGAAAAGACGCAGGUCGCGGUCGCCAUACCGCAAAGCUCACGAUCACCACCUCCAGGACCCACCUACAAGACUGCCAUUUAAGCAAAAGCCGCUCGACAAGAAGGAGUUUGAACAAUACAAAGCUCUCUUCGCCGACUACCUUGAUAUUCAGAAACAGCUGGACAUCGACGAGCUUUCCGAGCAUGAAGUGAGGGGAAGAUGGAAGAGUUUCCUGGGAAAGUGGAACAAAGCAGAAUUGGCAGAAGGAUGGUAUGAUCCGGAUACGAAAACGAAGGCCGAUGAGCGAUGGGACAGCAGACCGGAGUGGAGGGCACCGACGCCUGAAGUAACGGCCCGGGACCUGCACAAGGCCGGAGAGGUGGAAGAAGAUGACGAGGACGAGGACGAUGAUGGAUACGGACCUGCCCUUCCCAGUAAGCGAGCUGGGGCUUCAAUUCCUAGUCUCGACGACCUUCAGCAUCGACGCGAGUUAGCGGACGAAGAUCGUUCCGCAAGAACUGCGGAUCUUCGUCACGAGCGGAAACAGGACAGAAAUUUGCAGAAGGAACGCGUAGAGGAGAUGGCACCGCGCGCUGAUCCUGGAUCAAAAGAGCGACAACUUGAGAAAAAGCGCGACGCGGCUGCGGUGAAUCGUGAAUACAAAGCUGCCAAGGAUGGAGGUGACGUAGAGGUCGGAGACAAAGAGCUCAUGGGCGAUGAUGGUAUUGACGGGUACAAAGCGAAGAUGAAAGCGGAAAAGAAGAGGAAGAAUGAGAGGGAAAUCAGGAAAGAAGAGGUAUUAAGGGCGAGGGAGGCUGAACGGGAAGAGAAGAGGGCGGAACUCAGGAGGAAGGAAGAGAAGACGAUGGAGAUGCUGCGAAAUAUCGCACAGCAAAGAUUUGGCUAG